AUGAUCGAAGCUAAUGAUGAAACACCCCUUUACUUCAACAGAAAAACCAUCACAGAAACAAACGUGAGCUCAGAUAUGUUGAAAAAAUGGAAUGAUAACCAGACGAAUUCACGAACAUCACUUAAAGAUAUACAUUUAAGAAAAAGUAUGAACAAAGCAUACUCAUCCCCUGUGGAAUUUCAAAAAAAAAAUUCUAUAAGUGAACAAGUAGAAGAAAAUAAAAUACAAGAGGGAAGACGUAGUACACACUUGGUGAACCAAACAGCAGUAUUUUUAUCUGAUGAUCAGAGGAAAAGUGUUCAUACAAAUGAACAUGAAUAUGACACUCCCAUGGGAGAAAAAUCUUCUGAAUUAGACGCAGCAAAGAAUAAAAGGAAAAAUAGCAAUGUGUACAAAAGCUCGACCAAAGAAGUAUACGAGAAAAUUCCAUCAAAUAAUAUAUUAAACAAGUUGACGAAAACUUUACUCAUGGGUAUCCAAGAGAAAGUGCAAAUAGGAAUAAAAAAACGGGAUAACAAAGAGAAACAUAAAGGGAGGGUAUGUUCAAAUUCAGAAAAUAGAAAUCAAAAGUUGUGGUCUACAAAGGACCAGGUUAGAGACACAACUCAGAAUGGAAAUAUUUCUAAGAAAGGGAGCCAUGAAGUGAUAUUCCAAAGAAUUGGGAAAUUCGAACGAUCAAGGAGAGGUGAUAAAACUGAUCUUGCUUACAAUAGUGCGAGUUGUCAGAACUCAAAGGAUAUGGCUAAGACUGAAAGGAAGAAGGAAAAAAAACAAGAACAAGGCAAAGAAAAAACAUUUUACGUAUAUGAAACGGAAGGGUACAUUCCACGAGCAUGUGAAAACACUGUCUUCAAAGGAUUAGAGGAACAACAAAGAGAUGAACAGCAAACGAAAAAUAAAAAUGUUUGCUUUGCGGACGAGAGAGGAAAUAAUAACUUUGAUUAUGUAGAAGUAUCACAACCUGAACAAUUAUAUAUUCAUCACAGUUUUCAGAGUUCCCCCAAUCCUUACUAUCUACAAGGAACAGUUAAUGCAAUUCCAAGUAGCAACCAUCAAAUGAUGAAUGAUGAAUUAGAAAAAUCACAUGACAUGGCUUUUAAUACAGGACAGGGAGAAGUUAUAUUGUACGGUGCAACAUCUCCACAUGUUCCAGUAGGACACUCAUCACUCAGUGUAGACAGAUCUGCAUCCAUUUCGAAUUUAGGGAAUUCUGCUGCCUAUGAUAUGUAUGGCUAUCAGCUGGGAUACACAGAUUAUGAAGGAAAAUCACGAUAUCAGAGUCAUGGGGUGGGGCUGAAUGUGCAUCCGAGCCAUGGGAGGCAGAUAGCAUAUCCAAACUACACGAACUACAAUGUGAGAGAAGGUUCGUCCGUGCCCAGAGUAGCACACGUCCCCAAGAGUGCAUUAAUCAGGAGCAAAACAAUUGAUUUUAAAAAUAGAGUGAUUGAUUCAGAAAACAAAAUUUGUAAUAUGAUGGAUCUUCCAACAUUGCCCACUUCUUCGAAAAAAAAGUUUUUUUGUAAUAGAUCCUUGAAAAAUAAUGAACAAAAAGAUCUAAAUCAAUCGAAGGAAUACAAAACUGAAAUUUUAAUUUAUCAGAAUGAACAUUUAAAGAGUUAUAAAAAGAAUUCACUUGAAAAAGGUGUAAAGAAAAAAAAAAAAAAAAAAAAAAAAUCUCGUUCUCCUUUGAUUUUCACUAAUAAAGGAACAAUCUUCCCAUCUAAUACCAAUGUCUUCAUUAGAACCAAGUCCUUACAACCAUUUAGAAGUAAUAAAAAAAAUUGUUCUAUAUCUCCUUUAAAAAAUAUUUCAUUUGGACGACAGACAUCAGUUCCACUAAGUACUCAAUCGAGGGGACUUCAUACUAUUCCAGAUUAUACACAAGAAAUUUCGUAUACAUAUCCAUCAAAGAAUAAAAAUAUGAACGGAUGGGACAAAGGUCCUCAAGUUAUAAAAUCAUUUACUUCUACAGUUCCUUAUGGAACUCACCAAAAUAGUGUCAUUAUACAGCAACAUAAGAAUCUAUCCGAUUCAAACAAAAUCAGAUUUAGUGAUGAUUCAAAAAGUUACCUUAAUAAGUGCUCCACUGAGGCGUCUAGUAAGACAUCAGAUAAUGGAUCAACUUUGAAUAACCAUGUAAAAUCUUUGAAUGCAAAAAUUGGAAGACUCAACAGCCGGAUUCGUUCUAUUAAUGCGGAGAAGUGGAACCUCAGCGAAUUGGCUAGAAUGUACAAGAACGAAUGCAAUCGUCUGCGCGAAGUCAUUGUGAAGAACAAAAAGGUGCACUACGACCCGUUAAACUUCCGUAAAAUAAAUUAUGAACAAAUGAAUGCAAAACUGGAAGAGGAAAAUGAAAAAUUGCGGAACCAAAUGAAAGUAUUAGGAAAGGCAAUUCUAUCAAGUUACGAUAUAAAUGGGAUUAAAAAAAUUCUCGCGAGACAAAUCGUGAAUUUGAAUGAAGAGAAUGAAAAAUAUAGACAUGAAAUUAAAUUGUUGCAUAAACAAAAGGACGUCAAUCGUGAAAUUCUCUUCAAUCUUAAUAGAGGAGAUGUCUCAGUUGAUGCCAUUGAUAGCGUUUUUAUGCAAACUAAGAAUGUCAUUAUAGAGGGACACCAAACCAUGAAUGUAUUCUACUUGAACCUUAAGAACCUCAUCGAAGAAUUUUUUCAAAAAAUUAAGUUUCUCAUAAUGGAAGAUGACUAUUCAAAAAAUGAAAAACUUAUGUAUGUGACGAGUCUGGAAGAGCUAGUCAACGAAAAUUUUGAGGAGAUAAAGCACAUAGUUGUUAAGAUAAAUGAGUUACGAAAAAAAAUGAAGGAUGUAAAAGCCCACAUUUUUGAUACGGAUAGAAGCAAUCCCAAUUGUUCGUGUAAACCUUCAAGGAUAAUUUUAGAGGACGACAUCAAUCACCUGGAGGAAGAAUUGCAUAAUCAUUCGAUCAUGCUAAAAAAUUUAAGAAAAAAAAAUUUGUCCCUUUGUUUAAAUAAUUUGCACUGUCAGUUUAAUCAUGAGAAACAAAAAUCCGAUCAAAUCAUGGGAAAGGAUCCACUCAAUUUGGAAGACAAGGACGUAAACGUAAAUGACAACAGUGAUGGUUCGUACCAUAGCAAGCUGCACGAAAAGGAUGUACCCAUGGAUCUAGAAUUCCAUAAAUAUCCAAAAUUUCCAGAACUUCCAAAAAUUGUAAAAGGUGAAAAUCAUCGUUUCACGCAAGCAGAUUGUACAGAGGUUGCUAAGCGUUCAAAGGAAUGCAAUAAGGAGGAAAAAAAAAAUAAAAUAAAUGUCAAACAUCAUACAAAAGACAUAUCAUCCAACACUUCCUCAUCAUCUUGUUUAUCAUCUUCUGAUGAAAGUGGAAGCGAAAUGUGGGAAAAUAAAAACUGGCUAAGCGAAGAAGAAAUGGAACGAAGCAAAAGGAAGAUGAUCGAACUACUAGCUCUACUCAAAGGAAAGCACAAUGAAGACUUGGUGGAAAACACGAAGAACUAUGUUAACUCCUUUGGGGAAUAUAAAUCAAAUAACAAGUAUAAUUUACAAAAAAUUUACGACAAUUUGAAGGCUAUAAGAAACACCAUAAAGAACACAGACGAUGAUACAGAAAAGAACAUUCUCGAUUUGAUUGAAUCCCAAGCGAAUGAAAUAAAAAUAUUGGGAAACUGUGUUGAUAAUUUAAAGACGACCAUGGCACCAUAA